AUGUUUUUGGAAGCUAAGCGCACUGUGAAUUCAGCAAGUGGCUCUAUGGUGCUGGAAGACGAACAGAUUUUUCACUGUAUACAACAAUGGACAUCUCCACUUUCCGUGCAACCUCAUGAUUUAAUAUGUACAACUUGUUGGAAUGAAGCCAGUCGAGCAAUUACAAGCUUGAGCUCAGCUGGUAGGAACUGUGCUCUUUGUAAUACAGUGCUGCCUCUUCGCACUCGAUCACAUCAAUUAAUCGCAUUGAGGACUGAUACUCAACAUCAUGUGAAUAUCAGGAACAUCAUCUUUGAAAGACUUCUACCAUUGCAGGUUCGUGCAUCAGAUUACAUUUGUUAUCCUUGCUGGCAAAGAGCUGAAAGAGCUGCAAAACAUUACUCUUUGCCGUCAUCAUCAAGAGGUACUGCGGCCUCAAGAGUACCAUUGAGAUGUAUUAACUGUAAUAUUAAUUUGAUAAGAAUGAGACGACGUAUUUUAGAAGAUAAUGCAAUUCUGUUACAAGUACAACAACAGAUUACACCAAGAGUUGCUACUUCAGCGGACUAUAUUUGUGAAGCGUGUCACACAUUGAUAUCUGAGAGAAGUGCAACAGUAGAAGAUUUACAAGAUUCUACUCUUACUGUGGGUCACCUAAACAUAUGCCUAAUAUGUGGUCAUUCAUUGACAAAUGCUAGAAGUCAUGAAGUCCUAGCAGAAAUCAACCGCCAUGUUUUACACAUCAUUCAAAAUUGGGUUCAGCCACGGCAGGUUCAACCAUCAGAUCUUGUUUGUCAUAGAUGUUAUCAGCAUGCAGAAACCACUCUGAAUGAGGCAAGAUCUGAAGUAUCAGUGCCACAAGCUGAUAUAAUUAUACUGCCUAACUACUCAAGAGCUCCUGACACUCAUUCUCGUUGCAUAUUUCCAACCUGUACAAGAAUGUCACAACAAAUGGUUCCACUUACGUUACGCAUAAGGCUUUUUAGUGAUCACAAAUACUAUAUACCACGCAAUUGUCGUAUAUGUAGCUUCCAUUUAGAAAGUCAGACAUGGUCAGACUUGUUUGAAGGAAAUAUGAAUCACAGUUUUACAGCUGCAUAUAUUGAAGAUUUUUGA